AUGAAAAAGAUGAUCAUGAAGCUCUCUACAGUAACAAUGAUGGUCACAUUGUUUCUUCUUGCAUCUGGUCUUGCCUCGGCUAGGGUCAUGAACUUGGAUCUUCCACCAAGGCCAUAUAGACCCAGACCAUGGCCAACCGAACCAUUACCUCCUCCACCAAAACGUGAUGCGAAGAAAUCAGUUGAACAGGCCCCAAUUCCAAUCUUUUGCCCUCCGGGUACUCCUGGAUGCCCUCCACCAAGAUCCUAA